AUGUCGCCGCAGCCGGCCCCCGAUGACCUCGCCAAGGACAAGGAGAGGGAGACCAAUGUCCUUAUUGAGGCGGCCCCGGGGUCACCGGCGAAGGCGGCUGAGGAGGGCGAUGGCCACGGCCAUGGUAGGCCCACACCGUUGCCGGUGACAUGGUUCCGGAUGCUGGCCAGGGAGUUGCACUGGAGCUUCGUCUUCGACAUGGUGGCCACGUACAGCAUCAGCCAGGGCCUCGGUGGUGGCAUCACGCGUCCGACUACUACUGGAAGGACGUGUUAG